CAUAUGUUCUCACCUUAAAAUAGAUCCUUCUCUUCAUCUUUUCCUUUUCUGCUUUGAAGUCCUACCGGGUGGGACCGGCUGUGAAGGUUUCGUAUACUUCAAAGGCCGUACCGGUAGGAAGUUCAUUUCCGACGUCCCCUAGAGUAACCGGGGAUGGAAGGACAAAUUCGUUUUCAUUGAGUUCCCCCCCUUCGUCACUCCAUUGGCCGGUCUGAAAUGGAAUGACCACCUCCUCAAACAUGAGUUCACCCUACCGGCCUCCUCCCAUGACAUGGAAGCGAGCCUCGAGACCCUUAUGCGCGGCGAUCCGUACACCGGGAGGAUCUUCCACUAUGGGAGCUGGGUUUGGAGGGUUGAAUCGGGUGGUGAGGGUACCUCCCAGGCCCAUGAAGCAGCGGGGCGCAGGGUACCCUCCCCGGGCAACACUGUAGAGGCUGAGGGCCAGAACCACCCAGACAUGGAGUUCGAGGAGUUCGCCAUCCCCGAUGAUCAGCCAAUGGAAGAGGCCAGGGGCUCCCAAGCCAACCCUGCCAAAACCUUUCCGGUUGGGGAGAUCGGGCCUAUCACUGCUGACUGGCUGGGAAUGGACUCCCCAACCGAAGUGGCCCGGCUGAAGAAGAAGAAUGAGGAGAUGACCCUUGUUCUUAAAAGCCAAACGGACGAGCUGGCCAAGUUGUCUGCCGCCUGGGUUGAAGAAAACAAAGCUGACGCUGCCCGGGUUCUCACGGCGACUCCAGAGGCAACCAUGGAGUCCUUCAGGUUACUGUACCGGGAAACUGAAGGAAAGAAGAUGAUCACCGCGAUUGGAUCGUUUGGAUUCAAGAGCGGUGAGAAGAAGGACCGGAUUGCCUCUCACCGGGUCUUGCUGAAAAGAGACCCGGCUUUCAGCGCUGCCUCCUACGGUCUGGCUCCCAUCCCAGAGGAAGAGCCUACUCCCCCCUUCCCCUUAGACUAGGAUCUCUCCGGCUGUGUCCGGUUAAAUUUUAAAAUUCAAGAAUCUUCAAUUUCCCCGGGGAUGCCCGGUGUAUUUUGUAAACAAUUGACAUUUUACUUUUGAAGUUCUAAUGCAUGUUUACUUUUGAAUCCGGUGAUACUGGUUUUCUCUUUGAAUGUUUCUUUGUUUCAUAUUCCCCCCUUUAGAAUGCUGGUACACCUG